AUGGAUCCUCAUGAAGUAGAAUUCCUAGGUGAAAAAAAGCAAGUUGAGAUAGUUCCCAACUUCAAUCUCGGUCAAGUCCACUUAAUUUCUGGUUCCAUUGGUCCAUUCCGAGCUGGUUUGCCUGUCAAUGUUCCCAUUUGGUUAGCCGUCACUCUUAAACAGCAGCAAAAGUGCCGAAUUUUAUCUCCAGAUUGGAUGCAGCUGGAAAAUCUCGAGGCAAUAAAAGAAAAUGAGAAACAAUCGAAAGAUUUCACGAGGAUGCCCAAUGAUCAUUACAUGGACCAAGCUCACAUAUUGCUCAACGCUGCAUCCGAUGAUUUAGUUGAGGUAGAUAGCAUUCGUACAUCUAUAAAAGAUAUCUGGGAUACGAGGAUGUCCAAGCUUCGCACUUUGAUCGAUGAGUUAUUUAGAGAUGAGAAUGGAGAGCAUGCUUUGUUGAAUAAUCUUACCUUGAUGGAGAUUACUAGUGUUAGGUCACUUUUACCUAACGCUAUGGAUCAGUUGCAGCGGAUUAAGACUAGCGAGGAUCGUGUUAGAGGCUCUCAAACGCAGGAUUCAUUAUAG